GCUUAACAAUUUGACAAUAACACUUUGGACAAUGCAAUAUUGCACUAAUUAUCCCUGUCCUUCUUGUUUUUGCCACACCUUGUAAGCUGUCUAACUGUAUUAAAACUCCACAGCCAACAGUCAACAGUCAGUCACAGUUGAAGAACAGUACAUGAUUAUUUCAACAUUAUUUCUGUGAGUAUUCCUUUAACUUUGAAUUUAUUAAACCGAACUUUCUUGUUUUAAAUUUGUUUCAAGAUUAAUUGCAACAACUGCAUUGUCACUCCAACUAGCUCACAAGCUUAACUGGACACAUUUUAGCCAGAGAGAGUACAACAAGCCAGCAUAUCAGUUACAGUUAUUAGAGUUAAGAGAAGCAGUUGGCUGAAAAUGCUUGCCAAACUAGUCCGUCUUCUGUGUCUUCCAGCUCAAACCUAAAUUUACAGAUAACUUGUUGGAACAAGACUUUGGGUGGCUAUUGAGUAUCAUAGCCUUUCCACUCCCUAAACUUUUCCAUAUAACAGCAACAAAAUGUGGAAGCUAACUCUAGCUGCAGGUCUCUGUUUGAUCCUUGCAAGCUUGGCUUCUACCUCCAGGCUGAUGUGCUACUAUAACAGCAAGGCAGCAGACAGACCAGCUAUCGGGAAGUUCAGUGUUUCAGAUAUUGAUCCGGACAAGUGCACCCAUCUGAUUUUUGCCUUUUCUGACAUAAUUAAAAAUGAGCUGGUUCCCACAACUGUAAAUGAUGUUCAGCAGUACUUCGUCUUUAACGCACUCAAACAAAGAAAUCCACUUCUGAGAACCCUGUUGGCUGUUGGUGGAGAGAAGUUUACAACAGAAAAGUAA